AAGAAAAAAGGAAAAAGAAAAAAAAUAAAAAAGCUAAAAGGUAAUGGAAUUAUGGAAUAUGAAAAAAUCUCAACAACACUCAACAGCACCAUCAAAGAGAGACACACCACAACCCACUCUUUAAAACCACUUUUAUUUCUCUCUUCUUCUCUCUCUCUCUCUUUCUCUUUCUUUCUCUCUUUCUUGUUCCUCACCUUAGAUUCUCUUUUCUCUUCUUGCUUCUGCAAUGUUGGUGAGCUGGAUUGUUCUUGAACUUUGCCUCUGCUGAGGGACUCAAAAGAGCAAGUUUCCGUAUUGCAUUGUAGUGGUGUUCCAGUUAUGGCGGCAGAGGCAGCAUUCUCCUUCUCAGUGGCGUCCGUGGUGGAGGAUGUGCUUCAGCAGCACGGUACUCGCCUCAAAGAUCUUGAUUUGGAGUCCAGGAAAGCCGAAGAAGCUGCAUCUAGAAGAUAUGAAGCAGCAGGGUGGCUUAGAAAAAUGGUUGGAGUUGUUGCGGCCAAAGAUUUACCAGCUGAACCCUCUGAGGAAGAGUUUAGGCUUGGUUUGAGAAGUGGGAUUAUUCUUUGUAAUGUUAUUAACAAGGUUCAAUCUGGAGCUGUUCCCAAGGUUGUGGAGAGUCCUGUUGAUUCUGCAAUGAUCCCGGAUGGGGCACCAUUAUCCGCAUAUCAGUACUUCGAAAACGUGAGGAAUUUUCUGGUUGCUGUCCAGGAAAUUGGACUUCCUACUUUUGAGGCAUCUGAUCUGGAACAGGGAGGAAAAUCAUCCAGGAUUGUGAAUUGCGUCUUGGCCCUUAAAUCCUAUGGUGAAUGGAAAAAGAGUGGGGCAAAUGGUGUGUGGAAAUUCGGGGGGAAUCUCAGACCAGCUACAUCAACAAAAUCUUUUGUGAGAAUGAACACAGAGCCAUUUACUAAUUCCUUGUCGAGGACCUCAUCGAUUAAUGAAAAGUCUCUAACUGGUCUUAACAAUGAAGCUGAAUCUAAUAGUAAAAUGUCUGGCUCCCAUUCAUUGAGUUCGCUUGUUCAUGCAAUUCUAUCAGAUAAGAGGCCAGAAGAAGUUCCAAUGUUGGUUGAAUCUGUUUUAAGCAAGGUUGUAGAAGAGUUCGAGCAUCGGAUUGCAAGCCGAGGAGGUGAACAGGUACAGCCAAAAAUAACUUCAAGAGAUCCUGUUUCUCAAAGCAAUGGGUCUGCAUUGAAGUUUGUUAUGCCAGAUAAAAGGGUGGACAACAGGAUUAAUAUGGUAACAAAGAAAGAGGAUUUCAUUCAGAAAAGCCGUGUUGCUGAACAAUCAAGAGGCCAACUUCUGAGACAGAAAGAGCUAUCUGAUCAACAACAGAGGGAUAUUCAAGAACUGAAGCACAUGCUCCACACAACAAAAGCUGGUAUGCAGUUUAUCCAAAUGAAAUUUCAAGAGGAGUUCUCUAAUCUAGGUAUGCACGUUUGUGGCUUAGCUCAUGCUGCAUCCGGAUAUCAUAGAGUUCUUGAAGAAAAUCGCAAACUAUAUAAUCAAGUCCAGGAUCUCAAGGGGAGUAUUCGAGUUUAUUGUCGAGUAAGACCCUUCUUUCCUGGACAACCAAACCAGUUGAGCACAGUUGAAAGUAUAGAAGAUGGAACUCUCACUGUACAUAUUCCUUCAAAGAAUGGGAAGGGACGCAAAUCCUUUAACUUCAACAAGGUUUUUGGACCAUCUGCAUCCCAAGCGGAGGUCUUCCUUGAUAUGCAGCCACUCAUUAGAUCUGUUCUUGACGGUUUCAAUGUUUGCAUAUUUGCAUAUGGCCAAACAGGAUCAGGAAAAACUUACACUAUGACUGGACCAAAAGAGAUCACAGAGAAAAGCCAAGGUGUGAACUACAGGGCUCUAAGUGAUUUGUUUCUCAUAGCAGAUCAAAGAAAGGAUACUUUCCACUAUGAUGUUUCUGUUCAAAUGAUUGAGAUAUAUAAUGAGCAAGUCAGGGAUCUACUUGUUAGUGAUGGAACAAACAAAAGAUUAGAAAUCCGUAGUAGCUCCAACAAAGGGCUCAGUGUGCCAGAUGCAAGCCUUGUCCCUGUAUCAUCAACACUUGAUGUUAUUGAGCUAAUGAACCUUGGGCAAAGGAACCGCGCAGUUGGAGCAACAGCCCUUAACGAUCGUAGUAGCCGAUCUCAUAGUUGCUUGACUGUUCAUGUUCAAGGAAGAGAUUUGACAUCUGGAACCAUACUUCGCGGAUGCAUGCAUUUAGUUGACUUGGCAGGAAGUGAAAGGGUAGACAAAUCUGAGGCCACAGGAGACAGACUAAAAGAAGCACAGCAUAUCAACAAAUCCCUUUCAGCUCUUGGGGAUGUCAUUGCUUCCCUUGCUCAGAAAAACUCACAUGUUCCUUACAGAAACAGUAAACUCACACAAUUGCUCCAGGAUUCACUUGGUGGACAGGCCAAGACACUAAUGUUUGUUCAUAUAAGUCCAGAGAGUGAUGCUAUUGGAGAAACACUCAGUACCCUUAAAUUUGCAGAAAGGGUUGCCACAGUUGAACUUGGUGCUGCUCGAGUAAACAAGGAUAGUGCAGAUGUCAAAGAGCUCAAAGAACAGAUUGCGAAUCUAAAGGCAGCAUUGGCAAGAAAGGAAGGAGAAUCGGAACAUUCUUUCUCUGGUAGCUCUGAAAAAUACAGGACAAGGGCUGGUGAUCUAUCACCUUAUCACGCAAGCCAGCGAGGCACAGAUGCUGGGGAUCGCCCUGGAUGCCGGCAACCAAUGGUUGAUGUUGGCAAUAUAGGGCUUCAAAGUAAGUCCAAAUUUAGACACAAAACUCAAAGCUUGGAUUUUGAUGAGAUGUCAUCAACUUCACCACCCUGGCCCCCAGUAAGUAGUCCCGGGCAGAACUACGCAGAAGACGAUAAAGAAACUGGUUCUGGAGAAUGGGUGGACAAAGUCAUGGUAAACAAGCAAGACGUAAACAAAACUGACAACCUCUUAGGAUGUUGGGAAUCACCGGGAGCCAACGGGAACUUAUCCGAUGUCUUUUACCAAAAAUAUCUGCAAGACUCUUCUAAGAUGUACUCUGAACAAUCCUACAACAUGUUCAUGGGAGGCAACCAGUUCAGCAUGAUGGCGGGUUCUGAUGAAAUGGAUGAGCUUGAUGCUGCAACCAGUGAUUCCUCUGAACCUGACUUGCUUUGGCAAUUCAAUCAUUCUAAACUCUCCACCAUGACCAUGACCAAUGCAGUUGGAUCAAAGACUAAGAGAUCUAUCCCAAAGUCAGCAAAGAGCCCAGAAAUGAGCAGGAUCGGUGCUUCUGUUUCAAAUAGAACAGCAAGGCAUCCAGCUCCAGUUGAUGUCAAACGUAAAGCUGGCAAUAGAAAGUAAACCUGGUUAUUUAAAACGUAAAAAGAGUGAUUUUUCUUUUCUUUUCUUUUCUUUUUGUUAUAUAUAUUUUAUUUGUCAAUUUUUUCAAUUUUUUAGAGCGAGGAGAGGUUUUGGCAUAUAUAUAUUUUUUACAUUUUGUGUUUGUAACUUUUUUGUAAUUUGUAAACACGCAUAUAAUGGGAGCAAUAAUGCUUGUUGCUUGUAUUGUGUUUUAUCUCACACAGCAGCUUAGGGGAUGUAAUUUGUAAACACAAAACUCACUGCAAUGGUUUCUAUCACUUUCUGUGAAAUCAGUUUUCCCAUCACCGUUUUUGUCUUCCUCCUCCCCCUCAUAAUUAAACUGCA